AAAGGAUCAUUUAUGUAAUUUAACUCAACUAAGUUUUCCUUAUAAAUAGCUUACUUCUUGGCGUGUGUUAGCCACACUCACCACUUUGCUUUACUCAUUUAUAAUGGCUACAAUCGCUGUAAAUGACAUGGUGCAUCACCAAACCAGCCUUGAGCUCGAACAAAAGGAUGUGUUCGACUACUCGAAACGGUCUCAAUGGCUACGAGCCGCAGUCCUUGGAGCCAACGAUGGGUUAGUCUCCACGGCUUCUCUGAUGAUGGGUGUUGGAGCCGUUAAACAGGACAUCAGAGCCAUGAUAUUGACUGGCUUCGCUGGCUUAGUAGCCGGAGCCUGUAGCAUGGCUAUCGGAGAAUUUGUAUCUGUUUACUCACAACUUGAUAUAGAAGUUGCCCAAAUAAAAAGGGAUUUCAAUCGGAGAGAUGAUGUCGAAGCUGAGGUUGACGAUUUGCCAAACCCGUGGCAAGCUGCUGCUGCAUCGGCCUUGGCUUUUUCUUUGGGAGCUAUGGUACCUCUGUUAGCUGCUUCGUUUAUAAAGCCUUAUAAAAUCAGGAUUUUGGUGGUGGCAGCAGCAGUGACAGUGGCAUUGGCGGUUUUUGGGUGGUUAGGGGCGGCGUUGGGGCGAGCACCGAUACUCAAAUCUUCAACAAGGGUGGUUGUUGGAGGGUGGAUGGCUAUGGUCAUUACAUAUGGUUUAACAAGGUUAAUUGGUACAAAGGGAGUACUCCAUUGAAGUAUAUGGAGCAUUUCAUCUUAUAUCAUGGUUUUAAUAUAUUUUUUUCUUAUUUUAUAAAUACUUAUAAAAAAUAUUGCACUUUUAAUUUUAAAUCUAAGUUUUAUUUCUUUAUUAGGUGGGACCCCUAUGUAUAUAUAUAUAUAUAUAUAUAUAUAUAUAUACAUACAUAAAUAAUGUUAUCUGUAAACAUGUGUGUUACGUUUC